AUGGCUCCCUCAGCGAUCGGGCAAUUCACGUCGACCGUGUCCUCCCUCGUCGCCGACAAGCCCCGCAUCCUCGUGCCCGAAAAGGUCUCACCCGACGGCCUCGCGCUGCUCAAAGACAAGUACGAUGUAGACAACCGGCUCGGUCUGUCAGCAGAAGAGCUCAUUGCCGAGAUCCCAGGCUACCAUGCCCUGAUCGUGCGGUCUGAGACAAAAGUCAAUGCAGAUGUGCUGGCGGCAGGCAAGAAACUCAAGGUGGUGGCACGAGCUGGCGUUGGUGUUGACAACAUUGAUGUCGACGCCGCGACCCAACACGGCAUCAUUGUCGUCAACUCGCCAGCCGGCAAUAUCCUCGCGGCGGCCGAGCAUACGAUUGCCCUUCUGUUUGCCACUGCGCGAAAUGUUGGUCGUGCAGACACGACGAUGAAGGACGGCAAGUGGGAGCGCGGCAAGCUCGUGGGUGUCGAAGUGGGCAACAAGACGCUGGGCAUCAUCGGCCUUGGCAAGGUCGGCAUGAAGGUGGCACGUAUGGCCAUUGGGCUCGGCAUGAAGGUCAAGGCGGUCGACCCGUACGCCAGCAAGGAUAUUGCUCGACAGGCGCACGUCGAGCUCGUGCCAGAUCUGCAGACCAUCCUUCCAGAUGUCGACUUUUUGACCAUUCACACGCCACUCAUGGCGAGCACUCUGGACCUGCUCAAGGAAGACGAGUUCAAGAGGAUGAAGAAGACGGCCCGCGUGCUCAACGUUGCUCGUGGCGGAGUCUACAAUGAGGUCGCGCUGCUGACGGCGCUCGACGAAGGUUGGAUCGCUGGUGCCGGCCUCGACGUCUUCACUUCGGAACCGCCCGCGGCAGACUCAACGGCGGCCCGGUUGACAAGUCACCCUAAGGUCGUUGCGACACCUCAUCUCGGCGCAUCAACGGUCGAAGCACAAGAAAAUGUGUCAAUGGACGUGUGCACGCAGGUGGUCGAGAUUCUCGGCGGCGGAAUGCCAACGGCAGCUGUCAACGCGCCGCUCAUCCUGCCCGAGGAAUACAAGAAGCUGCAGCCAUUCGUCCGCCUCAUCGAAAAGAUGGGCGGCCUCUACACGCAACAUUUCGUCGGCAGCAAAGGCGGCAUGGUGGGAGGACGCAAGUUUGAGUUAGUGUAUCAUGGCGAGCUGUCUGGUAUCUCGAACACGCGGCCGCUUCUGGCGGCGCUGGUCAAAGGGCUCGUUUCUUCGAUCAGUGAUGCAGGCGGACGCGAUGUCAACAUUGUCAAUGCCAACAUGAUCGCCAAGGAGCGAGGUGUGGUCAUUAGCGAGACGCACAGCGGCGACCGGACGAACGCCAUCUACUCGAGCCUCGUCACGCUCCGGUCAUACGAUGACCGGCCAGGCAGCGAACAGGUGAUUGAGGGCUACGUUUCGGGCCAAAGUAUCUACAUCUCACGGCUGGAUCGCUUCAACGCGACUUUCGAGCCCGAAGGCACGCUGCUGGUGCUGCACAACUAUGACGAGCCUGGCAAGAUUGGAGGUGUCGGCAUGGUCUUGGGCCGCUACGGUGUGAACAUCCGCUUCAUGCAAGUAGCAAGUGUCGACGCUGGAGCCAAGAGGAAGAGAGUCGAAGGCGCGAACGGAAACGAGGAGAACGAGGCAUUGAUGAUCCUUGGUGUUGAUGGAGUCAGUGCUGAGGUUGUGACAGACCUCAAGGGAACUGAGGGCAUAUUGGAUGUGAGUCUCGUGAAGCUCUGA